AGUUCGAAUCAGAAUUUCAAUGCCGCUCCAUUAAGUGCAUCUCCCAACCAAACAAACCAGCAAUGAAGACAACUCCAAUGCACUAUCUAACACUUCUAUUAGGAUUUAGCGUGACCAAAUACACCUGGGGAUUCAUCCGAGUGGACGUCAACUGGCUGACGGACAACUACGUGCAGACCAUCAACGAGCAAUCGAAGGGCCGAUGGAAGGCGUCGAGGAACGCCUUCGACAAGUUCACCGACGAGCAGCUGCUCGUCCUCGGCGGCCUCAAGGCCUACCAUCCCGAUCCCAAGUUCAAGCCGUACACCAAGCGGUACGAUAACAUCAACAGAACGAAGAUACCGCCCAGCUUCGAUGCCAGACAGCAUUGGCCCCAGUGCGGCUCCAUCGGCGUGGUCAGGGACCAGAGGUACUGCGGAGCCAGUUGGGAUUUCGCGGCCGCCGAGGUGAUGUCCGACAGGAUAUGCGUGGCCAGCCAGGGAAUGAUCGAGUUCACGUUCUCCGUGGAGGAGUUGAUAGCGUGCUGCGAGUCGUGCGGCAACGGCUGCACCAGCGGCUACCUUUACACGCCCUUCGAAUAUUGGAGGAUCUACGGAAUCCCGUCCGGCGGCGACCAAUACAGGAGUGAGCUACUAUACAAUUCAACAGCAAACGAGCUAAGCAAACUAACGAAAGGAGACUUAAUCGAUAUCAUUGUUACCAAAGAAGUACCGUGCACUAUAAACGUUAGCAAAACGACAAAAGAAAUCAUUGAAAAAGGCAACUAUAAGUAUAAUUAUUUGCAUCAGGGUUGCAAACCGUUUACGGCGUCGAAUGGUGUAAAUCCAGUUUGCUCGCCUCACUGUACGCUCGGCUACAAUAAAUCCUUGGAGAGCGACCGCAGACACGGCCUGGCGGCCUAUCACGUCCAUCCGGACGUCGCCCAAAUACAAACCGAGAUACUGACCAACGGGCCCGUCGUGGCCGCCAUCGACUUGUACAAGGACUACUUCGCUUACAAAGAAGGGAUCUACGAGCACACUUCGUGGGAGCUGGUGGGCCGGCACGCCGUGAAGAUAAUCGGCUGGGGCGUCGAGAACGGCGUGCCCUACUGGCUGCUGAUGAACUCCUGGGGCUCGGAGUUCGGCGUCGAGGGCGUCUCGAAGAUCCAACGGGGCGUCAAUCAGUGCGGCAUCGAGUACUCGGUGACGGGCGGCGUGCCCAACGUCAUGGAAUGAUGGGAAUACCUCCCAAAUCCCCGAUCUCUCUUUUGAACGAUCCGAAUGAAAAAAUGACGGAGGAACGUCCGGAUAUUUUUUGUGUAAUUCGAAUAAAAAGAGCGAUAUUUUUUGUAGCGAGUUGGAGUUGUUAU